GACCGCCGAUCAUCAACUCUCCCUCGAGUCGUCAGUCCCGUCACACGCAGCAACACUAUAGGACUAUAGCACCCACCCCCGGCUAUCACAAUGCAGCAGCGAGAUGCCGCAAUGGAGAAAGAGGACAGAGACUCCGAGAGAGAGAAAGAGACUUCGUAACCGUUCGUAGCCGAAGAGAGAGAGAGAGAGAGGAUGGGGGGUCUCAACUCCGGUUCUAAUCCGAGGAACCGACACAAGAAUAAUAAUACCAAGUACACCAAGACCAAAUCUUGGAAAGAACGGCAACAGUCGAAAACUCUAUGUUGGAUACCCCUGUUCCUUCCUCCUCCUCGCCUACGGGAUUUGUUUUUGCUGCUGCUGCUGGACGAAAGAAUAGUACGUACGGAUAGAGAUGGGAUACCUACCUCUGACAAAAACACACCCACCACACCACACCCCAUUACCUAUUACGCAUCAUGGGCAUGACAUACUACGUAUACUCCGUCCUGCAGCUCCUCUCCCCUUCAUACAAGUAAUGAGACUUGAUCCAACCGAAAGGGGGUUAAAACUCUUCAGUUUAGAGAGAGUGUGUCGAAAGGUUACGAAAAUUAGAACAACCUUGCCCCGUCUCCAAUCUGCAAUGUCCAAGACUUGGAAGGUUGCUGCUCGCCAUGCAGUGGACAAUAGCUUCCAAGACAUGUCGACAGACAGUGCCUUUUUUUUUUUUGUGCUCUCUCUCUCUCUCUCUCUCUCUCUCUCUCUCUCUCUCUCUCUCCUCAGACGAGGCAUUGGUUUAAUCACGGAAAGCCGACUGAGCCGUUUUACACUUUCUCUGCCUCUCUCUCUGUCUGCAUGUCUCUCUCUCUCGUUUUGGUCAUUAGGUUGGCUAGGCUUGAUGCUGGGCUGUCCGAUAGGAUGCGUUCCGUCUCCUCUGACCAUACUCAGCCGAGCCGGGCCGGCGCUGCUGUGCUGUGUUGUCUGAGUGUCUCGCCCUGGCUGCUGACAUCACAAGGGCCCAUGUAGACUUUGUCCCCAUUGAACUGAUUGACAAGGUCUAGCUAGGGGACGCAGUUUGACCGCACCACCAAAAACUUAACCAUGUCAGCUUUUUCGGCCGGAGACAAGAAAG